UAAUAGAGUUGCACCACAAAAUUGAGACAACACGGUGAAUGAAAUCAAGUUUCAGACAAACAUUUUGUAGCUGCCAACUUUCCUGCAAAUGCCAAGAACACAAUCACAACAACGGAACUAACCUUCGCUUAUCGGUUCGAGUUCCGGUUCAGGUUCAGGUUCAGGUUCCAAUAUCGAUAUGCCGAUAUACCUAUACCGAUAUACCGAUAUACCGAUACCGAUACCGAUACCGAUACCGAUAACCGAUUUUGGCAGCCUCAAAUUGUAUUAUCGAUACCCAUACCCUAAAGGCCUAAACCCUACUUAUACCCUGCGCCGUUACUAAUACCUCCCUCGCCUCCUCUAAUCACUCUCGCCUCUCUCGCCGCCGCCGUCUUUGUUUCAGCCUGCAACGGUAUCUCUUUUCUCCUUCCCCCAUUUCGCAGUCUCCGUUGUUUCCAUGGAGAAUUCUGAAUGUCUUUCCCAAGCUAGCAACGACUAUGAUUCAGAUGUUGAGAUGUCAGAAGAAGAAUGUCUGAAGUAUUCACAAGAAGUGAAGGAGAGGUUUGAAGACAUUGAGGUACAAAAAUCUUGUAGAAUGGCUUUAGCUAGGAUGAUUAUCCUCCAAGAGCUUCCAUUCAGCUCCAUACAGCAACAAGGAUUCCAGAUGUUGAUGACAGAAAUUAAUCCAUAUUUCAAGAUCCCGACUAUACGCGAACUAGGAUCCGACUGCGUGAAGGUGUUCCUGCUGCAGAAGGAGCAGAUGCGGAAGUUUUUCAGUUCACAAGGCAUGGGAAGAGUGUCAAUCACCACAGAAUGCUGGGCUUCAACGGAAGGCUUGGAUUUCAUCUCUGUCACAGCACAUUGCAUCGACAAGGAAUGGAAACUGCAUAGGAAAAUAAUCAGUUUUUCGCAGCUGCAAUCUCACAGUGGAGAGGAUGUUGCUGCGGUUGUUACUGCUGCGGUGGAGGAGUGGGGGUUGCAGAGGGUUCUCUGCUUCACCAUGAAACCGGAAAAUGAUGUAGCGAUAAGGCACAUGAAGUCGGUUUUUGAUGAGAGGAAUAUGGUGGUUAUUGCUGAUGGGAAAUAUUUUCAUGUGCGAUGUGUUGCAAACAUAGUCACUUCGGUUGUGUGUGAGGGAUUAGCGGAGAUAGACAUGUCUGUGAGACGAGUCAGAGAAGCCAUGAAAUGGAUAACGGCUUAUAGCAGCAGAUCUAAUCAAUUCAAAGAUCUUGCAAAAUUGUAUAAGGUUGAUACUGAGAGAGAUUUGUGUGUGGAUAUCCCGACUAAGUGGAGCUCAACUUACUUAAUGCUAGAGGCAGCUUUGCCAUACGAGCGGGUCAUGGAAGGAUUUAAGUUGUUGAGCCCCGAGUUUGUCCGUGAUUUGAGUGAGAUGCAAGACAAUGAGAUGCAGGACGAUGAGAUGCAAGACGAUGAUCUUACUACUAUCGGGGUGCCUAGAGUUGAAGAUUGGCUUGCGAUUAAGAGGAUGAGUGGUUACCUCCAAAAGUUCCACCAGUUUAUCCGUCUCGUCUCUGAUGCCAAAAAUGUCACUGCGCAUUUAUUUUUUAAGGAAAUGUGCACUAUCUUCAGUAUGAUUAAGCGGUUGGAGAGGGAUGAAGAUGAUGCCAAAAGAAGUCUGGCAACGGAGAUGAAGACAAGGCUUGGGAAGUAUUGGUCCGAGGAAAAGGAGUUGAACCCAAAAAUGAACAAGAUUCUUUACAUCGCUGCAUUGUUAGAUCCUAGACAGAAGAUGAAACAUGUGCAGUUAUGUCUGAAGACCGUGUAUGGUGAUAAUCGGGCAAAUGAGUUGAUGGAAGAGUUGACCAAGUCAAUCAAUGACUUGUUUGAGUUGUACCAGAAAGAUAUGACUCUGAUUUUGGGUCAAACACCAACACCGGCAACACCAAUGUCUGAUAUACAUGUUCCUGAUGACGAUGACUCCAAUGGGUCAGAGAUCACUCGAUACUUUGCGGAAGAGCUAUACGAGACAAGGGCUAGUGAGGUUAAUCAUUUUGAUAUUCUUCAGUGGUGGUCGAGUUAUGGCUCGUGCUUUCCCGUUUUGUCUGCUAUGGCAAGAGAUAUCAUGGCUAUUCCAGUAUCUAGUGUUGCUUCUAAGGUUGCGUUUAACACGGAGGGUCGUGUUCUAUCCGAAUUUAGAAGCUCUUUGCCUCCGAGGUAUAUCGAAGCUUUGAUAUGUGCUAAAAAUUGGUUGUCUAGUUCCAGUGACAGUGACGAUGAAGAUGGUGAGUGAGUAGUUGAUUUUAAUCUGUUAUUAUCAAGCCAGUGUCAUAGCUUGACUUUGAUUGGCAUGUUAAACUCAAUUUCAUUAUGUUUUAAUUCGAAUUUGAUCUAAGUUGCUUUUCAAAUUUCUGAAUGUCAAUUACUGUUUAUGUUUAUGUUUAUGUUUAUGUUUAUGUUUAUGUUUA